ACGGGCCGCCCCAGGAGCUGUCAGCGGCCCCGCCCGUCCCGCCAUGGGGGGGCUGCUGCAGGCGCUCGUGGGGGUCUCGGAGAAGGCGGCGGAGCUGGCGCGGCUGUGCCGGCGGGAGGAGCCGCUCUUCCAGCUCCUGGUGGCCGAGAAGACGGGCCCCGACAGGAACAGGAGGUUCCUGCAGGACUUCAAGACCCUGGCGGACGUUCUCAUCCAGGAGGUCAUCAAGCACGACCUGGGCAAGGAGUUCCCGGAGCUCCAGGGCCACAUCCACGGGGAGGAGUCCAAUGAGUUCAGGGACGUGCAGGGGGGCACGGUGUCCGUGCGUGUCUGUGCCACGCGGGAGGACACGGUGGCCCUGCUGCUGUCGGUGCUGGGCCCCAAGCAGGCGGCGGCCGAGCUGCUGGCGGACGCCGUGCACCGGGACGUGGUGCUGGGGGAUGUGACGCUGGCGGGCGCCGAGCCCGGUGUGUCCCCCCGGGACCUGGCCGUGUGGAUAGACCCCAUCGACUCCACCAACGAGUACAUCGGGGGCCGCGAGGACGUGCCCCCCGUGGAUGGCAUCGCCCCCGCCGGGCUCUGCUCCGCCCUGGUGCUCGUCGGGGCCUUCGACCGCCUCUCGGGCCGCCCCGUCCUGGGCGUCAUCAACGAGCCCUUCUUCCGACGGGACCCCCAGACCCGCAGGUGGCAGGGCAGGUACCACUGGGGCGUGGCCCACGGGGACACCCGGCUGUGCUCGCUGAGCCCCCCCGAGCCCCACCCCGUGCCCAGCGUGGUGCUGAGCCGGGCGGAGGGGGCGGCCGUGCGGGGGGCUCUGGGCCCCCUGUGCGGGGGGCGCCUGCACUUCGCGGCGGGCGCGGGGUACAAGAUGCUGUGCGUGAUCCUGGGGCUGGCAGACGCCUACGUGCUGUCCGAGGGCACCACCUUCGCCUGGGACGCCUGUGCCCCCCACGCCAUCCUGCGCGCCCUGGGCGGGGGAGUGGUGACCCUGGAGGGGGCCCUGCGGGCGCGGCGGGAGGGGCGCGCCGGGGACCCCCCCGAGCUGGUCUAUAACCGCCCGGCGGAGGGGGCGGGGGGGGCCGAGCGCUGGGCGAACCGGGGGGGCCUCGUGGCUUAUCUGCACCCCCAGCACCUGGAGGCCGUGCUGGGGGCACUGGCCACCGUGCCCGGGCUGUGAGCCUGCGGCGGCCGGGACCCCCGCGGGCGGGUACGGGCGGGCUGGCACCCCGGGGUUAAGGGUUCAGGAUGGCUGGGAUCUGGGGGUAUGGGGGGGCUGGGACCAAGGACAGUGGGAUGGCAGAGACCCCGGCGUGGGAGCUCAGAGGGGUCUGGGACCCUGGGGUGUGGGGUCAGGAGGGGCUGGAACCCCAAGGUGUGGGGUCAGGAGGGGCUGGGACCCCGAGGUGUGGGGUCAGGGCUGUCUGGGGUGCAGAGCGGGGGGUCUCAAGGACCUUGAGGUGCAGUCACAGGGUGACAGGGACCAAGGACAAGGGGGUGGCAGGGACCCCGGGUUUGGGGUCAGGGGUUUCAGGGAUCCCGGGGUGUGGGGUCGGGGGGCUGAGACCCCGGGUUUGGGAUCAGGGGUGUCAGGGACACCAGGGUACAGGAUACAGGGGGACGGGGACUCCAGGGUUCCCCGGAGCUGGGGUGGCCGAGACCCCCUGACCGAGGGCAGCCGGGACGGGGUGGGAGCUCUGAGUGCCGGGUCCCCUCGGUGGGACCCUCCGUGUGUUCCCCCCCAUUAAAGCGCCUCUCGCA